AACAACCAUCCAAACAGAGUGUAAUUCCUCCACUACUUGUCAUUCCCUCGCCGCCGUCUCACAUUCCGUCACAAUGUCCGACGAGGACGAUCACUUAGCUCCUCCCUUGUCCAACAACAACUCUCCACCGUCAUCGCCGCCGUGUACGGACAACAAUCAACUAGCACUAGUUCCAACUCCGUCACUUACACCGGCGCUGGCGUCAUCCCGAACGCCAGUUUUUCCGUCACGAGAAGAUUGCUGGUUAGAAUCAGCAACACACACAUUAAUACAAGCGUGGGGUUCCAAAUACGUUGAACUCAACCGAGGUAACCUCCGUCAUCACCACUGGGAACAAGUCGCUAAUGCCGUUAACGCAUUACACGCCCAUACUAAAAAACAAUACCGUACUGAUAUACAGUGCAAAAACCGCAUCGAUACCUUGAAAAAGAAGUACAAAAUUGAAAGAGCUAAAGUUUCUCAAUCUAACGGCCGGUAUGUAUCCACGUGGCCUUUCUUCAACAGCCUCAACGCCCUAAUCGGCGUCAACUUUAAAGUUUCUCCGUCGCCGCCGCAGACGGCAACAUUUCCUCCUCAUCGAAGAACGCCGCCGCCGGUGACGUCAUCUCUUCAAUGGAGAACACCGAAGACGGAAACUCCUCUUCAAUGGAGAUCGCCGCCGCCAUUACCAUCGUCGCCGCCGGCGGAAAAACCUAUUCAAUGGAGAGAGCCGCCGUCAUUUGGCGUACCGGUAGGUGUCCGGUCGACAGUAUCACGGAGGAAUUUCUCGGCGAUGGCGGCGGCAGCGGCGGGGAUUAGUGAUUCCGGCGAAGAGGCGGCGGCGGCGGCGGCGGCGGAGGAGGAGGAGGAAUCGGAGACGUCGAGUUUGGCAGCGUCGGCUAUGGCAAUUAAUGCUAGUGGUAGAAGCAAGAGAAAGAGGAAUAAUGGUUAUAAUUUGGUGGCUGAGGCAAUAGGGAGGUUUUCGGAGAUAUAUGAAAGAGUUGAGAAGGCGAAACAGAGACAAAUGGUGGAGUUGGAGAAGCAAAGAAUGCAAUUUGCUAAAGAUUUGGAGAUACAGAGAAUGAAACUGAUUAUGGAGUCACAAGUGCACCUUGAAAAGCUUAAAUGCUCUAAAAUGCAGUUCAGGAGAUGAUAAUUGCUUGUAGAUGGAGGGUGGUGACAUGCUCUACAAUAUGUGGAUCUUUUUUGGAAGCUUUAUAUAUAUGUUGAUUAGCGUCUUCAAAAGGAUACAAAAAUGCUACCUUGAAGAUGAUACAAAUAUGCUAGUUCCAGGCUUGAUUUGCUUGGUUGUUGCUUAAGAACUUGUAUCUAGCUGCUUGAGAAUCUGGAGUAAUUUUGUAACUUACCUUUCUCUAGAUUACAUGUUUUUUGCACUUCGGCUAGGUGAAAAUGUUGACUUGAGACUGACCUUACCAUGUUCCUAGUUAUAUAUUACUUCAAGCUGUUCAUGA